UCAUGGGUGUGUUCAGGCAAACUAUUUACAACCAAAGACUUGCCAGACACGUUUUUCCCUUACGUAAAACCACACAAAAGGCACAACUUUAAAGCGCUGAGGACAGAUGAAAGUUAAAAGGACAGCCCACUGCGCCGGCAGCACAUAUAAGAAUUGGGAAUCUUUCUCUCAGUCAUAGCCUGCACGUUGUUUUACUUCAGAUCACUUUAGAGAUUGAUACCAGUCUGUUGGAAAUAUGCCUGUCAGUCUCUGUGGUACAUGGGACAUGCUCAGCAAUGUCAACUUUGAGGGAUACAUGAUUGCUUUAGGAAUCAGCUUGUACACCCGUAAGAUCGCCCUGAGGCUAAAACAUCGUAAAGUGAUCGAGCAGGUGGGAGAUCAGUGUGUCAUCAAGACCCUCAGCACAUUCAGAAACUACACGUUUUCAUUUAAAGUAAAUGAGGAGUUUCAAGAGUUUACCAAGGGACUGGAUGACAGACACUGCAAGUCACUGGUGCAAUGGGAGGGGAACAAGAUUGAGUGCGUACAAAAGGGCGAGAAAAAAAAAGGAUGGGCACACUGGAUUGAGGAUGAUAAACUCUAUUUGGAGUUGUACUGUGAGGAUCAGGUCUGCAAGCAAGUUUUCAAACGGGUUGUCUGAAGCUCUGUGAGGUGGAGCUGACUUGAAAAGACACACUGAUGUAAACAAAGUUGUUUACACUUCUCAGUCAGGUGAAUAUGGGGAAGGACUUGGAGCUCCAGCCUGUGUCUCAAAACGUAAUCAAUUCCAACCAUUGAGGCAUGCAAACUGAACCUGGAGUGGUACACUAUUGAAUGCAUUGAGCAUGAAUUAUAUUGCCACUAGAGGGUGACAUAAGACCAUUUGCACACAUUGUGUUAAUGUAUGGUCAACAGACUGAAAACAUUGGAUACCACUUGGUAGUUCGUAUGGAGCAAUGUGCUAGGAUUAUUGGCCUGAAUCAUCAUUUGACUAGAAUAAGACAUUUAAGGGCCUUGACUUUUUUUUAAAUAGAUGUUUUACUAUUGUAUAAGAUUGUUAUUUUUAGUUGUAUCGUUUAAUGCAAAUUUUGUAUUAGUUUCAUCACAUCUUAGCUGGGCUGUCAAUCAAUUGUGCAAUAAAAGCUUGAAAAGUA